CAUAUCAUCCGGAGAUGUGCAAGUUAUCGUAAUGCAGUGACUCGGGGACGACAUGAGGAAAAUAAAUUAAAACGGUCGAAAUUGUUAAUUAACUAACUGCUUUCAGGAUACAUCAGUAUACUUGACCCGACGUUGCAGUACUAGUAGCCUCUAGGGAUUCCCCCAUUGCGAUGUCAAGACUUCUUUUUAUAUUCACUUCGCUUGUCAAAGACGCCUGGCUUGACAGUCCUUUCACACUCUACGAAUAGAUUGGAGCUGGGGCAAGAUGGCGUCAAUAUUUGGGUCAAGACCCAAACAUAAAUCCCCACUGCCCUCCUAUACUGACGGUUACGGGGGCCCUAGACUAACCAGUAAUGAACGUGAACGGAAUCCUCAGUGGUACUCACGCGUCGAGUUUCCUAUUCCGGGAUACAGGUACAGGCGGAUUCGACUUGUACUCCCCAUCCCACCUUGGCUGUUGGGCCGCACUCGUUCUGGGCGUAACCAUAGCUGGUUCUCAUCAGCUCUAGUCUAUAUAAUUGCGAUAUGGGUGAUAUAUGCCUUUGCGAAGCGUUUUGGGACGAGGGAGAAGUCGUGGCCCAAGACACCUUUCCUCGGUGACGCUUCUACACUGGUGUACGAGCGUGCAGAUCUGCGCCGAAUAUGGAAUUGGGAAAUUGCUAGUGGACAUUAUCCCAGUUAUAGACAGAUCCCAUCACAACUCCAGUUUUCGACGCCACCACUCAACCCCGGUAUUCCACCCCCACAGAAGGAUCCCCGUGGUGCUAAAUAUGGCGCUACGUCUGUGGGAACCGGUGUAUCACGAUCUUACUUCCAUAAUAAUGUUACCAGCCCCGCCUAUCCACCUCGCCCGGUGCCGGGGAGCGUAAUAGACCUGGACAUUGUGCAGGAGUAUUGCGAAUUUCGCAAGAGUCAGUAUGUGAGAGACUGUCUCGAGGUCUUACGGCGAGGUGCUGGUUUAAACAAUGGAAAAUCAUUGCGGCGCGGCAGCGACGACCAGUGGAAGCAUAUCUACACCGAGGGAACGGAUAAAGAAAACAUGACGGCGUCGACCAAUGAUCCUGGACAUGUCCUCCUGUCGGUGGGAACAGAUCCAAACGUGGGUCUAGCGUUCUCGAAGCAAGCGCCUCUCGAACCACCUUUUGAGUUCAGAGCGCCAACACUCCCUACGCCGAUCCCACUGCUUGAGGGUGCAUGCGAUUCGGAUCACCCUCGAAUCUUCCACAUCUUCUGGGCUGGGCCAUUCACUGACACGCCUUACAUCACGAUCCUAUCGUUCCUUUUUACUCAAAAUGUCGACCUUCACCUUCGUCUGGGAGCCCUGCCACGUCCCCGUAUAUGUCGACCUCAGUUAUGGAUUUGGAUGGAUCCCGGACCUGCCGCCUCCGUUCCUAACCCUCAUGCGCAACGGGAUAUGUACGACGCUCUGGCCAAAAACCCAUGGUCAUUACCGCUUCUUCAUCCGAGGUUCGAGGACGUUGUAAAAUUCAAGUUAUGGAACACCACGGAACAGCUUGACGGUGUCUCUGAAAUCAAUGAUGAAUGGAGGGCAUCGGGGGGAAGUCUGUUCAAUCCUGAUGGCCACGUCUAUGAGGUUCCUAGAGAUGAGGAAGAGGGAACGCCUUCUGUCUCAGCACAUGAUGCCACAAAGAACUCUGUUUCAACAAAUGAUGCAAUGCCCAGAACGAAGAAAGGGGGAAUUUAUGAAUUUCUUAGCUCGUCUGCUUCACAGCGUUCUGAUCGCAUUCAUUCCGAUAUGGCUCGCUUUGUUUUAUGCCACCGUUUUGGUGGGAUCUAUCUCGAUGCGGACACUAUCUUCCUUCGAGAUUGGGAAGAACUUUGGGGCUGGAGAGGCGCGUUCGCAUAUCAGUGGUCUCGAUGGGAAAAGUAUAACACUGCCGUGUUGAGGAUGCAUAGAAGCUCCGCAUUGGGUUCGUUCUUGUUCCGUACCGCUCUGAAGAACAACUUUGACUUCCACCCGACGGCGGUAUCCAAGUAUGUGCGGGAGGCAAUGCUCGAAGGGAUCUUGUCGAGACUCCCAGAUGCACUGUUUGAUCCCGCAUCGUUGAACACUGAUGGAUAUCAAAUGGAUCGGCCGGUGUUCCCUCUCUUCACGGAUUUCUACCACUUUUUCAGCCCACCCAGGGAGAAAAGUGCCAGUCCCAUCAUAGUUGGGUUUGACGGUUUCUAUCGGGGCGCGUUCUCGUACCACUUCCAUAAAUUGUGGCGGGAGCCACUCGACCCUUCUCGAGAUUGGCCUGAACUCGGACCAAAAUUCAUCAAGGCGGAACGUGCGGGACGUUACGAGGCUGCGAAGAAAGCUGCGAAAGCUGCAAGUCGUGACCCUGGGCUCGUGACCCCCCCUGUCGAUGUGGAUGGCGAUUUUGGAGAUAGAGCCACGGACGAUACACGCGAUCUUUCAUGGGCCACUGUGUUGAAGCGGACUUUUGAAGCGUAUAUUCGGGGGGAAAUACCAAAUAUGUAUGGGGAGUACAUCGUAUGGUCGUAGGAACGUGUGAUGAGAACAGUUCAUAUCUUAUGUUAUCUGUAGGGUAUUGUUUAGUUAUUCUUCCUCUCCAUGAUCUCAAUCCCAUAUGAAUGUGUCGCUGAUUGUAUUUCCUA